CAAGGUAAGUGUGGAUAAGCCCAUAAUCUGUAUGGGUAAAGGAUCUGAAGUCUGUAGCUGCAGCUGCUUGAGUCACUGCAAAAGAGGGAUAUCCAAAGGGAAGUACAGCAGCUGACAUUAUCAAGGACUGUUCCGUCACCAACAGUGCCGUGUUGCAUGUUCACAACUUGGACAUGUGUUCUGUAUCAGUAGCUGAUUGAGCAGGAAGUACAGGUACCACAGCUUUUCCCUCCCUCCAGAUCCUUUCCCAAUCCAGUCAUCUGACUUCUUCCCCAACUGCUGUGAUGCACACUUCGAUUCCUGCUCCACCAGAGCAGAUCAGGAAGGAGAAGCAGAUGGAACCUGCAGGCCAGAUUUGGGCCCAGAGACGUCCGAUGCCCACAGGAAGUUUUAACUAAGAAAUAAACUUGUCAGACUCCAGCUGAAUGAAACUGGCAAACCGCAAGCCUGGUUGUGUAACUUUCCAUAAUUGCACAGGCCAACUCUUUUCUGAACCUUGAGGAACUGCCAAUUCCUUAUUUAAAGAGUGUUGCGCCGGCAGCUAACAAGGGCUCGGAAAGAUGGAAGAUGAAGAUGGAUAUAUGCAAAUAGAUCCAAAAAGCCAGCAGAAGCGCUCCGCACCACUUCCCAAGUGCACCAAAGGUUCUUCCUCGAAUGUCUGGUGGAAAGUCGCUUUCAGCAUUGCUCUGGCAGGGAAUGUUGCUCUGGUCCUUGUUCUUAUUUUCCUUAGUCUUCCAAGUAAGAAGAUUCCACGUAAGACUUUCAGCAAACCUCCACACAACCAGAUCCGAAGUUGCCUGAAAAGAUGUGUCCCUUGCAGCUCGGAUAAGAUGCGCACAACAGCAAAUCUGACUCUGGAUCCAAGCACAGCUCAUCCCCAGCUCUACGUAUCAGAAGAUCUGAAGAGUGUGAAAUGGAGAGGCAUGAAGCAAAAUGUGUCUGCUGGUCCCUUGAGAUAUGACGUGAUGGCGAGCGUCCUAAGCCACCAGGGCAUCAACUCGGGGAAAUUUUGCUGGGAAGUGGAAGUGGUGGAAGGGGGCGGUUGGUGGGGUGUGGGAAUUGUGAGGGAGGAUGCAAACAGAAAUGGGGCAAUUCACCUUGCACCAGAGGGAGGGUACUGGGCGGUACAGCGUAUUGAUGGGCAGUACCAGUCAAUUACUGACAAUCCUAGGACAAAUUUGUCCUUAUGCCAUCACCCAAGUAGGAUCCGGGUUGCCUUGGACUACUCGGAGGGCCUGGUAGCAUUUUUUGACGGUGAUACUGAUGCCCAUCUCUUUACCUUUCCGAAAGCAAAAUUCUCUGGGGAAAAGGUCCAUGCCUGGUUCUUGAUUUAUGGGUGGAAUGGGGAGCUCACAAUCCAUCCAUGAGAGAAAGGAGCACCCCAAUGCUGUUCUUCUGGGGUCUGAAACCAGACUCUAUAGCUCUGGAAGGCUCUCAUACAAGAAUAUACUUUAUGGCCCAGCCACUCAACCACAGACUCAUAAAUACUAAGGAGGUAUCACUCAUGGCACGGCUACUUAACAUAUCUUGUCUACUAGACCCACACAGAGAAUGUGCUAUUUGAAGUUCUAUUUGACAUUCUGAAUAAAUGCCUGGAUUUUAUCCCAACAUGCAGUUGCAUAGGAAUACUGGCCAAGCUGCAAAAUGUUUGAGCUACUUGAUGACUUUGAAAGCCAUCUAGGCCCCAGAAGCUAGGCUUACUCAUGUCCAGUGCCAACACCAGGCCUCCACAGUGUUCGCAACCUGCCAGGUAUACUUAGUGACCUGCUAAGUGCUUGUUCCAAACAGGGAGCAGGAAGUUUAUGAAGGCUCUAGUGGGCUUCCAUACAUGACUAGCAAAUGAUGCUCCAUCUAGAUCAGGGGUGGUGUGCCUGUAGCCCCUCAUAAGGUGUUGGGCUCCAAGUCCUAUCAGUCUAUGGAGGACAGGCUUCUAUUUGAAGACGUCCCCUCUUUGAAGGGCUGUCUGUUCCAAGGAGAAAGAGCCCUAAGAAGGAAGAGGAGCAGGGGCCAUGAAAUAGCCUAUCAACAGAGUCCUCACCUGCACAGCACAUUGAGCAGGGACAUAGAUCACCUGCUCCCAGUCUUCCCCACUAGGGCAAGGUGUAAUGCUUCUCAAUUUAAUAGGGGAGCAGGUAGCACUGUGGUCUAAACCACUGAGCCUCUUUGGCUUCCUGAUCAGAAGGCUGGUGGUUCAA